AUGAAAAUAUAUGUGAAAGGAAAAGAAGCAGAAGCCUCACAAUAAUCCAGGACUUCCUCACCAAUGUCCAGAGAAUACAGAAAAGCUUUCUGUCUGCUGCAGCACCUUCUCAGUUGGUUAGGAAGGCAGACAGGUAAUUCCAUGUAAUGAUUUGUGCUGGUGGAUCCUAUAUUACAGGAGUCAUUAUUAGUACUGUCCUCAGGGCUUGGAUUGGCAGGACAUUAAAUUGUAGACCAACAGGAAAAACAGCAUUCUAGCUGUGCUUAGGCAGAUUUGCCCUAAUGUGAAGUGCAAGAGAAUUUGUUUUAGACUCAUUCUGGAGGGUUUAUUUUAUUUUAUUUUGGGGUUUUUUACAAUUGCAUCAUGCUCUGCAGUCUCUUUUUUAAGGCAUGUGGAUUGUGUUAAUGUGUGUUUUUGAGAAAGUGGGGAAGAGAGAACCUAAGGGCCAUAAAAAGGCUAUAAAGAAGUGGGUGUGGAGAGUUUGGGGAUAAACAUAGAAGAGGGUGUUGGCAAUCCUAAUCUGAAUGCCAGAGCACACCACAGUAAAAGUUCAAGUGAUGACUUGUGGGGCAGACUAUAACUGAUCUUCCCAACUGUUCCUCCAAGAAAGAAGGUAAGGGGGCAUUUCAUAUUUUUGUCUUCUUUCCUAAUCUCCUCACCAGUGUUUCACUUCUUCUUUUCGCCCUUACUCUUUGGCCUUCUCAUUGAGGGAUUCAUAGUUCUACUUCUGACACUUUUUUUGUCUUAUAAACAUAGAGUGGUGUUUCUGUUGUAGAUGCUGGCAGGUUUACUAUUAUUUGCCAUGGGAUUUGAAAUCUCUCAGCAGGUGGAAACCAGUUUUCCAAAGGAAGGCCUUCACCCCCAAUUUGGAUGUGAGAGUUCAACACCCAAUUACUACUAUGUUGCGGGGAAAGUAGACAUGUAUCAGGUUUUAGACAUGUGGAUUUACUUGGCUGCUCUGCUAGGACUUUACUUCCUUCACCGAUGGUACAGGGAGAGACAGACUGUGGAGAAACUAACAGAGAAAUACAUCUUUAUCACUGGCUGUGACUCUGGAUUUGGGUACCAACUUGCCAGACAGCUGGAUGCCCGAGGCUUCCAGGUGUUGGCAGCCUGUCUCACCCAGAAAGGGACAGAGCAACUGGAAAAGUCCACAUCAGAGAGGCUGCAAACCACCUUUUUGGAUGUCACCAGUACAGAAAGUGUGGAAGCAGCAACUCAAUGGGUGAAAGGAUGUGUUGAGAACAAAGGGCUCUGGGGCUUAGUAAACAAUGCAGGUAUAGCUGUUCCUCAAGCUCCCAAUGAAUGGCUGAAGAAGGAUGAUUUUGCAAAACUAAUAAAUGUAAACUUGCUUGGUAUGAUUGAUGUGACGUUGCACAUGCUACCCUUGGUCAGAAAAGCCAGAGGGAGAGUGGUCAAUAUGUCCAGUGUGAACGGAAGACUGGUGGGCUCUGGAGCCUAUUCCAUAUCCAAGUAUGGUGUGGAAGCCUUCUCUGAUACCCUGAGGAGAGAGCUCCAUCCCUUUCAGGUCAAAGUCAGCAUUAUUGAACCCGGUGCUUUCACUACAACUAUUUUGAACACCAUGGAGGAGAACUUCCGGAAUACAUGGAGCAAGGUGCCUUCUGACAUCAAAGAAAUCUAUGGGCAGCAAUAUGUAGAGAGCUGCUGCAAGUUACACCAAAAUCUCUCAAAGGGAGCCAACACCAACCUCUGUCUAGUCACUGACUGCAUAGAACAUGCCCUGAUGUCCCUCUACCCUCGAACUCGCUACUCUGCAGGCUGGGAUGCAAAACUCUUCUUCAUUCCUCUGUCUUACAUGCCAACAGUUGUGUCAGACUAUGUUUUUGCUCACUUGAAGCCAAGGCCUGCACAGGCAGUGUAGAUAAUUUUGCAGAAAGACCAUUACAGGCAUUCAGUCAAGUCUACAAGCGGUGUGAAUAGAGGAAUCUCAGCAGCAAAAUGUCUCAAAGUGGUGUUUUGGUAUUUUUAAUAACUAUCUUAUCUUACCUUUGAUCUCUAAGCCACUGAGGUCAUUUGGCUGAGGUGAGGUCAACUUAAAUCUCUCAUACACCAUGAACAUCCUUCAGUGAAUCCACCUUCCAACAGACCAAGGAGUGAGAACAUGUUUGAUUUUGGAGAAUACUCAAGGAAAUAGGUUGCAUUACAGCAAUUGAAUCAGGCUACCUGAAAUACUUAGAGUAGAAGUCCAAGGAAAACAUGGAGAAGAAAUGGCUAUGCCAGGGUUUAAUUUGCCUGAAUAAUAUGCUCUGCUCCUCUCCAGCAACACUAUUUUUCUUCUAGAACAAACCAGCUUUUCCCAAAGACUCUUUACAGCUAUAACACAGAGAAUGGAUAUAGCACCUUACAGUGUAAGACAUUACCUGUAAUUGUUUAACCUAGGGAUAUGACUUGCCUAAAUACCCAAAAGGCACCAGAUGUCAUCUGAUCUUGGAAGCUAAUCAGGGCCAGCCCUGGUUAAUUCUU